AUGAGAACGCAGCAGUAUUUCCUGUCAGCAGGACGUCUCGUGCUCCUUCUUCCUCUCCUUCUCACGAUCAUGGAGCCCGUUCGUCAUUCGACAUCACCGUUCUCUUCUCACUCUAUCGCUUCGAAAGUCGGCGUCAUUGCUUCUCCCUUGCCGCCCUUCAAAGAGUCAAGGGAGGUCAGUAUCGAGCCUAAGGCUUCCAAGCUACAGACGUCUUCGUCGAGCAAGCUCUCCUUUGUUGAAGAUGCCACCGACGAGGCAUUCCACUUCGACGAUGAUUCGACCGGUCAGCUUUCUUGGUCUCUUCAGGUCAGGCAAGUCGAACUGAAGGAGCGCAAGAUGGGCACUUCCGACACCGAAAAGGGUUCCGCGGUAAACAAGCAAGAAGACGAGCCGAAAGACGAAGCGAAGGUAGAAAUGAGUAACUGGCAUUUCAUCACGGAGCCGAUCAUCGACGAAGAAACGACUGCGACUCCAUUGCAAGACGGAAAUGGCCGAUGGCCUCUCCAAUCCUUGAAGACGAAGACGAAAAGAGAAACGAAAGGGGAAGACAACGGAGGAGACGAAGGAGACGAAUAUGGUGGAUGGCACUUUAGCCGAAGACAGUGUAACGACCUUUUCCGCGCCACAGAGAUUGGUGUUUCAGGCGUAGACCUGGACGCAAGCACAAAAGAACGGUCGCAGAUGCGUCUUCAGAACCCCAAGAGAUCACCACAAGCGCUCGCUCUACGAUGCCCGAGACAAAGACGGAGAAGCGAGCAGGAGAAAAUGAAGGUGCGGCUCUUGGCUCUGCGGAGCGUGAGACGAGACGUCCUCGCUCGGACGAUGACCUUGGCGGGUCAGUGUAUCAUAUCUUCUGGAAAGGACCAAGUCACCUACUGA